AUGAGAUUGCAAACUGAGGAGUAUUAAAAGGCUAUAGACAGCUACUUAGUAACAACAAAUGAAGAUGUUGAUAAUCUUAUGUAAAUAAAUAGUUAUUCAAUAUCUUCGGUUAGGGUUUCAGAUAUGAUUGUUAAAAAUAGAAAGGAUGCUAAGAACAAUUAGAAAAUAUUUUUGAACAAAGAACAACUAGUACAGAUGAAGGAUUAAUUUAAUAAGAAUCAAGAGUUGAUGUGCCAAGUGAUUAAGGGAAGAAAGUUGUGGAAGCCUGAUUAGCUGAAAAUUUCUAGGCAAAUGAGAGGAAAAUUUCAAUUUUUACUAAGAAGUGAUCAAUAAUAUCUUGCAGAUUGA